AUGAGGUUGACGGCGGUCCUUACUCUGGCUUGUGCCAUUGCGACUUUAGUGCUGUCGCUUCUAUCCUUGCUUGCAGGCUCGUCGAGAUCGUUCCUACAGGACUCAGAUAUGAUGACGCUGAAUAUAUCACGGAUAGGCCACACAUCCCUAUUCAAUACGACGGACGGGGAUGGAGGGUUCUUCGAUGAUUUGGUCAACGACCUUCAGGAAGACAUUAAUGACUUGAUCAACGAUGCGAGCUCUGACAUCGCCGAGGCGCUCAAUCUGCCGGACUUCCUCAGUGUUCAUGUUAUGGACUUUUGCCAGGGCACCUACUCUCCCAACAGCACUGUCAGAAAUCCGAGCAUGAACACCACCGAAUGCUCGAAUCGCACCACACUCUUCCAUUUCCGACCUACCAAGAUCGUAGAGGAUGCACUUCCUGAUGGAAUCACUUUGGAAGACAUCCACUGGCCCAGUGAGAUCCAGGAUGCAGAGCGUGCUAUCAGAAUUGCCUCGAAUGCCAUGGUGGUAUGCUACAUCAUUGGGAUUGUCUUUGCCGGACUCGCAAUCUUCACGGCCAUCUGGGCAAUCUUCAGCUCCGGACGUUUGUCUGCGCUGAUCAACUUCGUCAUUGACAUGCUUGCUUUUCUCAGUCUUGGCAUUGCAUCCGCCAUUGCGACAGCAAUCAUCGUCAAAGCAACUAACGCUAUUAACAAAUACGGUGAUGAUAUCGGAAUUGCAGCGUACCGCGGCGGGCGGUUCCUAGGCAUGACCUGGGCAGCUACAGCGCUAAUGCUCCUUGCAUCCGUUGUUUCGAUUGUACAAUGCUGUGGAGGCAGACGAAAAGAACGUCGCUACGGAGGGAAGUCACAAAUCUGA